UGAUUGGCUAGCAGAGGGGCUGGGGGGGAAAUCCCUUUUUCCCGUAGAGGUCUUCAGAAGGGGGCGGUGCAUAACAAAGAAAAGUAAUGGCCAUCUGUAUUUGGGUCCUGGAGAAGGAGGGAUAUUUGUCGUCGGAGUACGGUAGGCGAGAUUGACUUUUCUCCACGCUAACGUGCGCGCUCGCCCGCCGCCGACAGGCGACUGCGUCUCAACCACCGUGUCCGUGAAGCAGGGCUGAACUUGGGGCCGCGUUUUAGGGUUCAAGCCGCCGAGCAGCCGCGCUAACGUUAGCUGCGACCAGCGCUGGCGCGGGGAGCCAGCGGUCCGAAAAGGGCGUACGACUCUGACGCUCCUCCGCCCGAGUCUCCUCACAUUUCUGGAGUUGUCGCCGCUGCGCCGGCCCCUCUUCCCCCGUCGGAAGCUGAGCUGCCGAAGCUGGUCGAGGCAACAUGGAGGGGACGCACUUCGCCAGAGAGUGAACACGUCGGCGAGAGCCGCCGCCGAGGAGGAUUAAACGCGACUCGGUCUUGAUGGGGGGGAAAAGUUGAGCCUGAGGAUUAACAACUUGAAGAUAAUCUGAAGAACGGUUUCACGUCUCACCGACUGUACAAGGGCACGCGAGGAGCUCAGUGAUGGAGCCCACAGUUGUGAGUACAUCCUCCCUGGCCCCUGACGAGUUUGAUAGGAACAUGCCGCGGAUCUGCGGCGUGUGUGGUGACAAAGCCACCGGCUUCCACUUCAAUGCCAUGACGUGUGAGGGCUGCAAGGGUUUUUUCAGGCGCAGUAUGAAGCGUAAGGCCAGCUUCACCUGUCCCUUUAAUGGCAGUUGCACCAUCACCAAGGACAACAGGCGCCACUGCCAGGCAUGCCGGCUCAAACGCUGUGUGGACAUUGGCAUGAUGAAAGAGUUCAUUCUGACAGACGAGGAAGUGCAGAGGAAGAAGGACCUUAUUCAGCGGAGGAAGGACGAGGAGGCCCAGCGCGAAGCGGAUCGGGAGGCCCGCCGGCCCCGGCUCACCGAGGAGCAAAGUCAGGUCAUCAGCACGCUGGUGGAGGCCCACCACAAAACAUAUGACGACUCCUACUCUGACUUCUGCCGCUUCAGGCCUCCUGUGCGUGAGGGUCCAGUGACUCGCAGCGCCAGCAGAGCCGCCUCUCUCCACUCUCUCUCUGAUGCCUCUUCUGACUCCUUCAGUCACUCUCCUGAGUCGGUAGACACUAAAGUGAACUUCAACAGCCUGCUCAUGAUGUACCAGGAGCAGGGCAGCAGCCCAGACUCCAGUGAGGAGGGCUCCAGCUUCUCCAUGCUGCCUCACCUGGCCGACCUGGUCUCCUACAGCAUCCAGAAGGUCAUAGGAUUUGCCAAGAUGAUCCCUGGGUUCAGAGAGUUGACUGCAGAGGACCAGAUUGCCCUGCUCAAGUCCAGCGCCAUCGAGGUGAUCAUGCUGCGAUCAAAUCAGAGCUUCAACCUGGAGGACAUGUCAUGGAGCUGCGGUGGACCUGACUUUAAAUACCAGAUCAGUGAUGUCACCAAAGCGGGCCACACUCUGGAGCUGCUCGAGCCACUGGUGAAGUUCCAGGUGGGCCUGAAGAAGCUCAACCUGCAGGAGGAGGAACAUGUGCUGCUGAUGGCCAUCUGUCUGCUUUCUCCAGACCGUCCAGGUGUGCAGGAUCAUGCACGGAUUGAAGCCCUCCAAGACCGCCUAUCCGAGACCCUGCAGGCCUACAUCCAGCUUCACCACCCAGGGGGGCGGCUGCUCUACGCCAAGAUGAUCCAGAAGCUGGCAGACCUGCGCAGCCUCAACGAGGAGCACUCCAAACAGUACCGCUCACUGUCCUUCCAGCCGGAGCACAGCAUGCAGCUCACCCCGCUGGUGUUGGAAGUGUUCGGCAGCGAAGUCUCCUAGAGGCCGACGCACUGAACCUCAGAGGGGCAGCCGGAGACGAGACCCCCUGGUGGUGAAAACGGAGGGAGCUGAGAAUGUGCUGGAUGGACUGAAUAGAGGUGUGUGUGUGUGUGUGUGUGUGUGUGUGUGUGUGUGUGUGUGUGUGUGUGUGUGUGUGUGUGUGUGUGUGUGUGUGUGUGUGUGUGUGUGUGUGUGUGUGUGUGUGUGUGUGUGUGUGUGUGUGUGUGUGUGUGUGUGUGUGUGUGUGUGUGUGUGUGUGUGUGUGUGUGUAAAGGCCGAGGUUGUAUGGCAAGCGAGCAGGUGUGAAGAGACACAGUAAACAAGGGACCUUCAUAUAAUACAAACUACACAUACAACUUCUGCCUAUAUACAGUAUUUUUGUCUGUAUUUAAAUCAACAAACAGCUGCUUCAAAUGCCAGGACAUUUUGUGUGCGCAUGUCGUGCACGCACACGCCAACAAAACGGACAUACUCAGUUAUUCAUUUAGCCAUUCAGUUGAGCUACCUCUUGGUUUUACUGGGGUUGUUUUAUAUUUACAUCACCUAUGUGAAACAGUAACUUUUACACAGAGCAACUUAGAGACAGUACGGAUGACAUUUCCGUUUAUCAGUGCAAAAGCAGUGCCUGCACAUUACUUUGACAUUUUUGGAUGUUUCAAAAGAAAAUUCUGUAUUUUUUGUUUUUAUUUCAUUUUCUUCUCUCAAAGGCAGCAUUUAUACACGACUUUGUGAACAAUUCAAACUCAUGCCUUUCACCUCUCACCAAAGGUAUGGUCAACUACUUUCUCAAAAAAGCUUCCAGUACCUAAAGGAAAAAGGAAAUAGGAAAGAAAAAAAACUUGCUGCUCCAUGGGUCGUUUUGUGUGCGCAGCCUCUCGACAUGCUAGCAAGUCGUCUGACUAGUCUCACAGCCUCUGAAGGAAAAUGUCAAUAUACAGGAUUAUACUGCAGAGUAGAGAGCUUAGUCUGUAAUCUAGUCAGGUUUUGAUAGGAAUUUUGGGGUGCUCGGUUUUGAGGUGAGAAUUAGCCACUAAAUGUAUUAGUUAUUUUUUACACUGCUAACUGUCAAUCAAACUUAGCCUGCAUUAUGGCUCGUUUCCCUCUUUUUGAAAAUGAUUUUCAUUAUUGUUUUCUCUUGUCAAAAUGUUCAGUUCCUUGUAAAUAGUUAAUCGCUGCCACAUGUAUCCUAAGCACUGUUAUACCACCUUUUACUCAAGCCUAUGUAUUGAUAUGAUAUACAGUAUAUUAUCACAGAUUUUAAAGGGCUAAAACGCCAAAUCUAACUGGAAUAGUAAGUCGAGGCCAAAGCAAAGGGGCUCGCCUAAUACAGUAUAUAGCUGCGUACCUUACUUUGGAAUUUGGCAUAGAUGCAGAUGUAAUUGCAGUGGUUUGCUUUUGUGUUUUAUACGUUACUUCACCUUUAAAAAACAAUUCCAUGAAUUGUUCCUCCUCAGAGCUCGGGUGGGCGGAGAGCUUGGGAAGCUGCUUCAGACCUCCACAGAUAUCACACCCCUUUCAUUUCUGACUGGGAAGUGGAUUUUCUAGAAUGUCUGAGGGUCUGGUUGUGGUGGUGGCGGCCGCAGCUGCACCUACACACCCGGGCCCUCCUGUUUGAUGAUGUAUGCUGCGCAGCCCUCUAGUGGCUGCAUUGUGUAAAUACCAAGUAUAUAUAUAUACAUAUAAAUAUAUAUAUACUGUACGUAACAUGUCCGUCGCUGUACAUAGGGCUACAUAGAUAUUUCUCAAGGCUAAUUGUUUUCAAAAAAAAUAUAUGCAAAUACAAUAUUGACCCUUUUUUUGAAUUCAUUACUCUGAUGUUUUAAGACGUUAUGCUCUUUGUUUUCACUUUGAUUACGCUGUUUGUUAAAGAAUGAGUCGGGAGUGGCUUCAAGGGGGAUUGCUUGUGUAUCUUGUGUCUCAGUCAGAAUAUUAUUUGUGUAGUGGUGGGUUGAUGUAUUUGACUAAUUUUCAAGGGUCAUUUUCCGAAUGAGAGGACACGCUGAACAUGCUGAGCUGCUCUCCUAUAUAAGCCAUACAGAUCACCAAGCUAGCUAUACAUCGGAUGCAUUACAGUACACCAACGUGGUGAAUCCAGAGCCUUGGAUAUUCUCAUCGGAUAAUCUACUAAACUCAAGCUAUUUAUCUAACGGCUCCUGGAACAUAAGCUUAUGUUGGACAUGAACUCGUAUGCCUUCUCUCUGCUGUCAGUCAUCUUUGGCUUAUGCUUCAUCAGACAGCAUCUAAUGGCUUAUAAAACUAAACCGCCAAAAGAAUCUCAGUUCUUUCGGGUUUAGAGGCCCGUCGUGUUUGGCUUCCUGCACGUGGGUUUUAUGGUAAAGUUAUAUGAGACGAUGUGUCUUUUUACAUGGAGACAAGUCCCCAAAGAGGUGUCAAGUCUAAUCCCCGCCAAGUGCUGGUGGUUUUACAAGAAGCAACUUGGCACAGAGGGAAAUAAUUUGCAGCAGUGACACAAAUCUUAAAGUCUUCUGUUAGCUAUGUGACAGAAGACGUCUGUCGAAGCGGUUCCUGUGAUUGGCCAUGCGGGCCUCCUUUGUCAGAACUAGAGCUUCCUUCAUCUCGGCAGACCAGGGUUACUCUGUGAUCUUUGAGGAAGAUGGUGUGUGUGUGUGUUUGUGUGUGUGUGUUUGUGUGUGUUUGUGUGUGUGUGUUUGUGUGUGUGUGUGUGUGUGUGUGCGCGCGUGUGUGUGCGUGUGUGUGAGAGAGAGAGAGAGAGAGAGCAAGCGCUCAUUCCUCUGUUGUCGAGCUCAACGUGACAUGCUCUCACAACCGACUAGUGAGAGGUUGCGACAGUUGUUGCGGUAAUCUUUUCAGUCGGGAUGGGUUGUUGUUUUUUUUGAGUCCAUUCUCCGUCACUGUGGCUUUAUUCCAAUGUUCACUACGAGUCACUGUGACACUGCAAGCUGACAGUCGUGGGGUUGGACGCCGCAUAGCAGAAAGUUUAAUGGCUGUUUCUACCGGAACUUCCCAGUUUGGGAUGAGUAAAGUACAUAUAAAUAUCUAUCUAUCUAUAUUGAUGAUGAAAUUAUAAUAAGUUUGGGUUUUCUUCCUGAAAAUCAUUGGGAUGUCAUUGUGUUCCACAAUGUCCCUGCUGCGAUUGAACUUUAAGGUGUCGAGUGUUUUGAGGCAGUACCACUCAUAUAUAUAUAGGAUGUUCGGAUUUUAGUAUGAUGAGAAGUAUGAUGUGCUUGGUUACUGAACACGGACUUUUGAAGAUUUGAAAGGUCUCCAUGUUGAUUUCUCUCUCUGAAUACAUACUUCUCCUGUAUGUAGACAUUGGUUUGAUUUUAUCUUAUAUAUUUUUUCCUUUUUGAGAUAGUGAUGCAGUGUUGAUUCGUGUAUGUUUAAUACAUUAUAGUGGGACUUUUGGUGAAUAUGCAAGUGCCACGCAGAGAGUUCCCGCCACCACAACAACAAUAGGAUAAAAGAGGAAUUGUUCUUGUGGGGGGAGGGGGCGGGGGUUGAAAACCAAACAGGAUAUAAUCUGAAGGAUGCAUCAUAGUGACACCGAUUGGGAAAAGUUGAUUUUGGUCGGGUUGUGACAUCAGGGGUGUCCCUUGUUUCCCUUUUAUGACUGAAUACGUAAAUAAAUGUUGUUUUGGGGACUUUUGCCUCAUUCAAUUCGCCACAAAAUAUGAAGAAAAAAACACGUACAUUCCGACAGUUUCCUGUUUGGUUGUACCCUGGUAGGCUGCUCGGACUCCAUAAACUUUUAACUCUGCUCCGUGGUAAUUAAAAUAUUGGAACUUGAAAACCAUACGAGUCGACAUCACAAAUUAGGUCCACUCUUUGUUGAGAUUGUCCGCAAAGUUGGCAACAUAACACAGUAACAAUGGCUGCAAUAUACAACUCAUGGUACACUAUCACCAGCAAGCUUUACAGUUUAUCAUGCUAUAGUAAGACAUUUUUGAAGUUUUUUGUACAACUGUUGCCAUUACAAAUCCUGUCUGCAGAACAUGUACGAUAUCAUUCAUAGAAAUCGGUUGACCACCUCCCAUGCAAAGGCUUUCAAGUCCUUAUUUUUACUAUCAUUAUUAUUAUUAUUAUUAUUAUUAUUUUGUUCCUCCCAUUAGGACAGGGAUUGUAAUGGAAUCAACUUAAUGUAGUUCUUACAAAAAGGAGUGUCCACAAUGGAUGUACACCAUACUCUACCUAAAAAACCUACCUCUCUUAGCUCAGAUUUUUUUUUUCAGCAUUAAGCAUUUGCCUCUGUUUUUACUUUUUUAAUAUUUGUAUUCAUGUUGGUAUUUAUUGCUGUCUAAUGAGUCAUACUUCAAUGAUUACCUCAGAGAUAUCUCACAUAUUUGGGAGAGUCCAGCUAAUGAAGUCAUUCUGUUUUUGUCUUUUUGUUUUUUUGUUAUUUUUUUUCUUCUCAGACUUAACAUUGCCUUUUUUUUUACGCACAAUAUACCAGGAGUGUUUUUAAUAUAGUGCCUGCACUCUGACCAACAGGGCUCAGACUGGCUAGGAUGAGGCUGCAUUUACUCCAGAAAAUGACGUCCUUCUCUGCAUUUGUGUCCUUCAGCACUGUCUUUAGGAUAUCUAUGUAGUUUUCAGCAACCGAUGUAAUUAAUCUUGUUGCUGCGUCCCUCUAAACGGCUGCACCGGCUCCAUAAAGUCAUCCUGUCCUGUUUUGCCCUUAAAAGCUGUAAGAUAAAAUAGAUAUCUUUUAUAGGAACAGGGCGACUUUGCAAAGUCAGUGCCGCUGUUUAGAGGGAACAACCUGAAAGACUCUGCGGCAGCAGGAGAAACGAGGGGUGUGUCCACGCUUCACUCGGUACUGUUCGCAUGGUCUUUUCUCUGUAGAACACCAUCCUUGCGCAUCUGUCUCCUAUCAUUUCCUCCUUGCCCUCUCCUUGUCUUCACCUCUCCUUCUGUCCCAAAGUCUGCUCCCACACCUUCAUCAUUCCCUGCCAGUGUUUGGUCAAGCGAGGGGGAAUCGGGAGGGAGGAACUCCUCAGCAUCCAUGCAACGCUGCUUUUAUUCUGAGCAUCGCCAAGUCGUGUGUUAAUGACACUGCAUAACGUGGAAAGUGUCAAAGUGUCGGCCAACAAGUCUCUUUGGGAGGUCCUGUCCUUUGAAACAUACGCAACUUAGUGAUGCUUUUUUGGGGGUGGGUGG